AUGUCCCCGACCUCCCCGAUGAUGCUCGCGCUCAAGCAGCGGCUGCAGCAGGCCCCUCGCCCCCUCGCCCGCCAUCUCGGGAUUUCCAUAGCGACCUGCGUUCUGUUUUUCAUCUCCUUCCUCCUCUUCUUCCUAGUCGCUCUUUCUCUCCCUAUCAUCAAGACCAUCUACCUCUUCUCCCUCAAGUUAGACACCGCCCCGGGCGUGCCCGCCAGCUCCGUCGCCACCGAUCUGAUGUUCGGGGUGUGGGGCCUGUGCGCGAGCAGCGUCCUCGAGGGCUUCGAGGUCUGCUACGGUCCGAAGCUGGGCUACACCGUGCCCACCGAGAUCCUGAACCUCACCGGGUACCCCAGCCUGGUGGAGGGCGUCAUCGAGGGCCUCACGGUCCUCCUCGUGCUCCACCCCGUCUGCGCGGGCCUCGCGUCCGUCGUCAUGUUCACCUCGCUCUUCCUCGAGUCGCACGCGCUCUGCAUCACGUCUCUCGUCGUCUCCAUCUUCACCAUCGUCCUUGCCACCGCGGUCUUCGCCGCCGACCUCGCGCUGGUGCUCAUCGCGCGCAUCAAGAUCCCCGCGCUCACGCAGUAUUCGUACUACGUCAAUUGGGGGCCUGCCGUGUGGAUGGUCCUUGCGGCGCUCGUAGUGCUGUGGGUUGGGAUGAUCCUGCUGAGCGUCGUCGUGUGCGAGUGCUGCGGUGUUGGCAUGCAAUACAAGGAGUCGGACGAGUCUGACGACGACCGGGAAGUUGACCGGUACUGA